AUGUGGGUGCUGGUGCCCUUGGAGGGGAGCGGCGCGGACGGGCCGUAUUAUCUGGCUUGCGGCCACUUCACGAUCGGGCGGCACGUGAAGGGAUCGGCGAAGCAGGCUGCAGACAUCGUUAUCCGGGAUGCUGCCGUGUCGAAACGGCAUGCAGAAGUGUGUGUGGAAGCUGUGGAGGGUGGGGGGCGACUGGCGUUCCGACUGCGAGAUUUGAGCAAAUUUGGGACCCAAGUGGACGGCACCAAAUUGGGCAAGGAUUUCGUGGCGGCAGGAGACGGGAACAUCAUCCAGUUGGCCAAGUCUAAAUUCAGGCUGGAAUGGCAACCAUUUCGUCUGUGCGUCGGUGGAGAGGACACCGACAUGGACGUUCUGAAUGAGCUGAUUGAGGUCACGGGGGGCUGCCUGCUGCCCAGAUGGGAUCCUUCGUGCACUCACGUUGAGCUGGGCGACGGUCAGGUGGCAACGCCUGCGGCCGCCUGUGGCCUUUUGAAAGGCAAGCCGCUGGUCACGCCGGAGUGGGCGAGAGACAUGCUGCGAUCGAGGCUGGCCAAGGGCGGCCUGACCUGGGAGACGCACCAUUGCCCCAACAGGUGCCGUGCGGAGGCUGGGGGAGGCUGCAUUGCCAUCCGGAGACCUGCAGACGGGUGCAGGCCACUGCUGGAGGGCAUGUACUUUGCGUGGCCGGAGAAGCAAUACGCUGAUGGAAUCCAGCGAAUGGUGGCGCUGGCGGGGGGCCAUAAUUUGAAGGGCAAAGAGUUGAAAUCGCGCGACCCGGCAGAUUGCGUGGCCGUCAGAAGGGGAGGCGGGCCCGUCCUCGAAGACCCGAACGAAAAGUGGCGUCGCUGCACCAACGAAGCCAGGCUCGUGGAAGGUGUGCUGCUGUGUGAUGCUUCCAUCAUCCUUCCCCCAACUGUGGCCACGGACGAUGACGACACCACUGACGGGGAAUCUGAAGGGAAGGUGAAGGAAGAACCACAAACUGUUGGGGACAGCGAGGCCGAGGACCAGUCACGCAACGCCCAAGCUUGGCAGGGAGGGCUGGGUGAGCGAAAGCGCGAGACGGCAGCAGAAGCAGCACAGACGCCCAGCAAACGGCGGCGCAGGGGCCAGGGUGCAGCUGGCGAUGAUGCGCUGGGGGACGAGGAAGGAGGGCAUGAGGAGGAGGCGGGAGCCAAGAAGCUGCGCACCUCUCCGCGAGUCGCAAAGCGGUCUGCGCUCGAAGUGAUGUCUCAGAGGCGGCUGGAAUGUGCAGAGCCUGCUCGGAAGCUGGCAGGAUGGGACCGGAGGCCCACGGAAGCUUCCCGGAAGCCAAUAGCAGGCGCCCAGAAAACCACUCCGUCAGCCUCAAAGCCACAUUCGGCUGAUGAAGGGCAAGGGAGCGGAAAGGGCGGGGGAGGGGCAGGGGACGACGGUUUGCGAAAUGGCGGGGCCAAAUGGCGCCUUUCGAAUUCGAAAAGGGCGGGAACCGAGGCGGCGACAGAACCUGGCGAAGCGAUGGCGGAUGGGCUUGAAGCGCCGCAAGCGAUCGUUGACCAAACGUUGACCGUCGUCAUGGAAAAUCUACUAGUCAGCGGACCGGGGAUGACCAAGGGCGGGGGCCGCAAGGUGUCCGUCGCCGGCUCGAACAAAAGGGCGGCUUCUGGAAUUCCGGGGGCGCCAAAUUUCAAGGCAUUUAAGAAAGUGGUGGGAACGUGGGGCAGGGGCCGUGUGGUCGUGCCUUUCUCUGAGGAGCCGUACAGGGAGUCCAUGGUGGAUGGAGAGAUGUUCUUGAGGGAGGCUCGGGAAAGGCACAUGCGGGAAAAGGCAGCGGAAGAGCUCUUUAAAGAAACCUCGGCCGCUGGUGGGUCAAGGGGCCGAGGCAGGGGGCGCGGUGGGGCGGGGGGAAAACGGAAGAGGUGA